AUUUAGCUGGAUCAUACAGGCAUAUUUGCAACGUUAUGUGCAACCGUUGUGUUUUUACUCCAUUUCCUGAUCGGGGGAAUAGCUGCCUCGACACUGGAUCAUUCUUUUUAAACUUUAAAGCUUGUAGUAGUUGUCAGAAAAGGACACUGAUUGAAACUUGUAAUAAAGAAUCGAAAGAGGAAGAAGAUCAAACAGAAGUAAUCAAGUAUCAACAUAUAUGUCCUAAUUGCCGACACGUCAUUGCCAACCAUGAGUACACUUUUCAAGUAGAGGAAGGUUAUCAGAUUUAUGGCAUGGAAUGUUUACUUUGUGGUUGCGGUGAAGCAACCGUUAGCGUUAUGCCUAACGAUCCUAGAAAACUUUUAAUCAACAAUGGGUAUUGAAUAUCUUUCAAUGUGAUAGAUCUUUAUUUAAAAAUUUACUUAAAUAAUAACGACAAACAUAAAAAUUUAAUAAAAAAUUUU